GUAUAAAAAUUUUAGAUGUCCAUACCAAAUAUUAAACGUUCCACAUUCAGUAUUCAACCAAUGCCUCAGUAUAGCGACGAAACAAGCUGCUGCUCAGGUUGUUGCAGCCUCAAGGAAAAUAUUGAGCAACAAUUUAAGGAGAUGAACAAUACUAUACAAAAGCUUCAAGAAACUAUUGUCAACCAAAAUGACAUAAUUAUGAAGUCCUUGGCUGAGCAGAAAGUGUUAACGGAAAGGGUUCUUCACCAAGAGGUAACCAGCAAUAAUGUACAUGCAGUUUUCCCCAUAAAAAGUGUCAACGACUUACAUGACUUCAACACUAUUAUUAGCGAGGACAAUCGUGACCUCUACAUAUGUUAACAGGAUGAAGGCUUUGUUAAAAGGACGAAUGGCGAAAACAUUGAUAUAUGUUAUUUCCCAAAGUGUGUGCAUAGAAGUCAACUUGGAUGGAGUC